AAUUCAGAUUCGUUAUUACUUACUUUUGGUAUUACAGGAGGACUAUAAUCAGGUCAAAAUAGCAGGAAGUACUUAGGUUGGGAAAAGAGAGCUAGCUUAGUCUGGUCAAGCUGAAAUUAUGGUUUUCUUCAUUCUCAGUAAAUUUAGAGUUAACUUAUGAGUUUCAGAUAAACUGAGGUGACUAGAAUAUGACAGUACAAAUCUUAAGUUUUUUCUACUCUUCCUUCCUCCACCUUCAACUUCACUUGUAGUGUGUAUUCUGUGCGGUCACAGUAGUUCAGUAGUUUAUUAUUUUAUGUUUUAUUUAUUUUUACAUUCUAAGCAGGUAACACCAAAGGAAUAAAGAAAAGCACAAAUUUCAGUCAGCACAUACUUUGGUUUUUUCUUUUUUCUUUUUUUUUCUUUUUUUUUCUUUUUUUUUUCUUUUUUUUUUUUUUUGUUUUCUUUCUUUUGCUGAUUUGGUUAUUUGCCAUUUCUGGGGAUUAAACUUUAAAAAAUGUUCUUCUUUUCUGUAUCUGAUGUUCUGUGUGCUAUUAGUGAUGCAGCCAACACGAACGGUUGUCAUGUGUAAAACAACUUUCGAUCACCGCGAAAACACCGCCCUGGGAAAGCGUCCAUGCUUGAUAUCGUUUGGUUCAUGAACGUUAAGUUUCCAGUACAGGUAAAAUCCCAGAUGAAGCCAAAGCCCUGUCUCUAUUGGCGCCUGCUCCUACUAUGACAAGUCUGAUGCCCGGUGCAGGGUUGCUUCCUAUACCUACGCCAACUCCCUUGACUACACUGGGUGUUUCACUUGGUACUUUAGGGGCUAUACCAGCAGCAGCAUUGGAUCCUAACAUUACGGCACUGGGAGAAAUACCACAACCACCAAUUAUGGGAAAUGUGGAUCCAUCCAAAAUUGAUGAAAUCAGGAGAACAGUCUAUGUUGGAAACUUGAAUUCUCAGACUACGACAGCAGAUCAGCUGCUUGAAUUCUUUAAGCAAGUUGGAGAAGUCAAAUUUGUGCGAAUGGCAGGUGAUGAGACACAACCAACACGAUUUGCUUUCGUGGAAUUUGCAGACCAAAAUUCUGUACCUCGAGCUCUUGCCUUUAAUGGAGUUAUGUUUGGGGAUCGGCCACUGAAGAUCAAUCACUCCAAUAAUGCAAUAGUGAAGCCUCCUGAAAUGACACCACAAGCUGCUGCCAAGGAGCUAGAAGAAGUGAUGAAGAGAGUAAGGGAAGCUCAGUCUUUUAUAUCUGCUGCUAUUGAGCCAGAGUCUGGAAAGAGCAGUGAAAGAAAAGGCGGUCGAUCUCGUUCCCAUUCUCGUUCAGAAUCCAGGUCUAGCUCAAAAUCCCGAUCUAGAAGGAAAAGAUCACACUCAAAACACAGAAGUAGAUCUGGCAAUAGAUCUCUCUCAAGACACAAGGACAGACGCAGAUCCCGAAGUCCUCUGAAAAAACGGUCUAGAUCUACAGAAAGAAGGAAAUCAAGAAGCUGCUCUCGUUCUCGGGACAAGAAAAGAGACAAAGAAAAGAUCAAAGAAAAAGAAAAGGCCAAAGAAAAAGAGAAAGACAGAGAUCGAGACAAGGAGAAGGAUAGGGAUCGAGACAAAGAUAGGGAAAGAGAGCGAGAUAAAGAGAGAAAUAGGGAGAAGGACAAGGAGAGAGAUAAAGAGCGAAGCAAAGAUAGAGAGAGAGCCCGAGACAAAGACAGGGACAGGGACAAGGAUAAAGAUAGGGACAAGGAAAAGGAAAAAGAUAAAGAUAAGGAAAAAGACAAGGAAGAGGUAGAUCAUAACAAAGAAAAAGAAGAUACUGAGAAAGAAGGAGAGAAGGACAGAGAGAAGAUUAAGGACAAGGAGGGAGAUAAGGACAAAGGAGGGGACAAAGAAAAGGACAGAGACAAAGAAAAAGAAAAAGAUGGGGAUAAGGAGAAGGAGCGAGAAAAAGAGAGAGAUGAUAAAAAGAAGAAAGAUAAGAGAUCCAGAACACCCCCGAGAAGCUAUAGCUCUUCAAGAAGAUCUCGUAGCUCCAGCAGAGAAAGGCGUAAGAGGAAGAGCAGAAGUCCCUCCAAAUCUCCUAAAACAUCAAAAACAGCAAAAAGAAAGUCUUCACGAACUCCUUCUCCAAGAAGAAACAAGAAAGAAAAAAAAAGAGAAAGAGAUACAAACAAUGAAAGAAGAGAAAGAGAACGCUCUACUUCUAAGAAAAAAAGUAGUAAAGAAAAAGAAGGAAAGGAGAAAUCGGACAAAAGCACCACUACUUUGAAGGACAAAGAUAACAAUAACGAAGAUCAGAAUUCAGAAACUGACAAGGAAGUAGACAACAGAGAUACACAAAGGACAGAUGAAGUCAAGCUACAACAGAACGGAAAUUGUCAACCAAACGAAGAAAACCUCUCAAUUAAAAUGGAAGAGGUUUAAAGCAAAGAAUGGACUUCCAAUUCUACUAAGGAAUGAAAUCCAAAGCAUUUUAUUUCCCAGAACGAGGAAGAAAAUGUCAAAGCAAUCAACCUGAACGUGUUGAUAGUACUAGUAGCUCCUCCAGUUCAUGUGAUAGCUUUGUUGUCUUCUUGCUGUAAAGCAACAGGGCACUGACCAGUAGUUAAUACCAUGAAAAGGCAGAUGCCAUCAGAACUAUUCAUCUCUGAAAAUCCAUGCAUUUCCAUGAUGGCUGUACUUGUAAAAUGAUUUAUGUUAAGUUUUGCUAUAAGCUGUUACAAAUAACUAGAAGCUUAAAGAUGUAAACCUGUACUUCCCAAAAAAAGCUGAAGAUAUGCAUUGAAGGUUGUUUAAAAUACUGCUUGUUGAUGACUUUUGUAUUGUUUUGCCCUGUAGGUUAAAAAAUCCACAAAAACUUCAAUGUGUGCUGUUUGAUGUACUUGAAAAUGGUGCAUAAAUAUACGCACUUCCUUUCCUUCUAAAUGACAACUGUAGGGAAAGGGGGUUUAAGCAUAAACAUGGUUUUACUGUUCUUGUGUUAAAUACUCACAGAUUAGUAUGUUUUUCAUUUGCUCACUGCUUGAGAUUCUUAGGGUUUAUUAUUUGAAAUAAUUUCUUACUAAUAUCCCUGAAAUUAAUAUUUCUUUAAAGUAUUUGAGCAAUGCAUGUGCUUUUUCUGUUCCUAGAAGGAACAUUGCCAUGUUAUAGAUAUUAGGUUAGCUUACAGGGUUAUUUUGGGGUUGUUUUGUUGUUUUCUUUGUCUGUAGAGAAGUGAGCACAUCUCUAUGAUUAUACCAGAACUUAUAGCUUUGUUUUGCAAUGUACUGCAGUGUGUCUGUUCAGCUGAAAAUAGUACAGGUGCCAUUAAGAAAAUAAAUUUUUCCUUUUUGUUGAAAAAAUAUGGGAGCACAAGCAGAAGCUUUAGUGCCUUCUUAAAAUGUGGUAUUUUCUAGAAAUGUAUAUGUGCUGUUACACAUUUUUAGUUAAAUCUUAUAUGAUCUCUCUUGCUACUUUGCCACCACCAUACUGUAGACGAAAAUGCAAGUGACUUGCCAGAAUGGUUGUUUGAUUCACUUGUUAAAAUAGUGAAGCUCCAUUUUGCUUUUAUUUUUUAUUCUUAGAAGAGAUUUAUAAAUAAGAGAAAAGAUGUAAUUUGGGGAUCACCACUGUAAAAAAGUAGUAGCUGAAUACAAAGUGUGCUCUGAUCACCUGCAUCAAAGAAAGCUCUUAAGACAUAUACAUUUGGAUGGCCUUAAUUGUUACCUCUCUGUUAUUUUCACUGAUACCUGUUGGGCAAUGUAAAAGGAAUGUCAUGCUAAGAAAUAGGGGAUAAAUACUUUGAGGAAGAAGGUUCUAAUUUCACAGGGCUUACAUAGUAGAUAUUCUUUUAUCAUUUUUUGUGGAGAAAGCAUGCUAGAAGAGAAUCACAAAACAAGUGGUUUUGUCUUGGCAAAACAUAGCUUUUGUUCUUUGAAGUAAUUUAAUUGGUUAUAUGAGAUUUCUGAUAAGUUACGCUUUUAAGAUGUAAUUAUAGCUAAAAUUGCAUAGAUUAUUUUUACUACAACUUAAUGCAAUCAAAUUAUUAAUUGCCUUACCUCAUAGGAAGUGUUAUUUCAUUCAGUUCAAAUAAAAAACUAAGUCUAUUGGCUAUUUGCUUUCUACUUGUUUUACUUUUCCUCCGCACAGUUAGUUUUUGCAGUGGAAGGGAAGCAUAUUGCAGGAAUGAAAACUUUGCCCAACUCCUAAGGUAAUGAAAUCCAGUUUGAUUGUGAAGCUGCUUAAUCACUCAUUUUCUAUAAGAUUUAACGUUCUUGCCACUGUGUACAUUUAAGACAACAGAAAAUGCUUUACCAUGUAAAGUAUAGAACAGCCAUUUUUGUGAUGUUUAAGCCACAUGCUGUUGGCUGGUAAACAGCUAAUUCUGAUAAAAGAAUAAAAAAAUGUAUGCUUACAGGAAGACUGUGAAAGAUUGUGUCUUGCAACAACAGCUGUCUUAUUUAUGAUGUGUAAGUAGCAUAGAGCAAAGAGAUUGUUUGUAUACUUGUUAUCUUUGGUACCAUUUCACUAAUAAAGUAAGUAUUUUAGAGGGAUGUUUCUGCUGGUACAUAUUUAUUAAAGGAUUAUUUUUAGACCAU